UCUGAAAGAUGAAUCAGAUUCCGAUCCCAAUGGAGUGGAAGCUUUUUUGGUGGCAGUUUCGUGUGGUGUUAGUGAUUCAAAAUAGAUAUGCAAUGGAUGAAAUAACAGUAAUCGAUAUUUUCAAAACUUCUUGUGCCAUUCCGUACUGCUCUGUUGGCCAUUACUUCUCUUGACGUUCCUUUCGUGCUGCAAUGACCAAAUCUCGGAGGGCGUGACCGACCUUUUCGCGAGACUGCUUGUCCGUCAUGACUACAUAGCGGGAUGUUGCCUUCUUCCCGGAAGAAGCUCGUGCGUGUUUGCUGGUCUUGAUGGUUUCCUUCUUCAGAAAGCGCGCGCCCACGUCGUUGUGGAGCAUCCAGACAAUAGACUUGAUAACGUUCGUUUUGUCCUCGCGUGUAGGCGAGUUGAUAUACCGUUGUAGGUUCAUCUCGAUAGUGACCCUGAAUCGGCGGUUGCCAAUGUAAUUGUAGGCACCGGAAUUACGCCCACAUACAAUAUCGUAAGGACCGGGCUGAAUGACCUCGGUGCCGCUCUCGUUGCUGCCAUUCGAAUGAAAGGUGUUAUGGCAGUCGAGAAUGCUCGUGGCCGAGUUGAUGAUGGCACUGGUCGAACAAGGAGCAUUUUGUCUAGCGGAAUCAAUCAUCAAUGGAACAGCGUUGGGCGUCAGAAGGUCCGACACAGAAUUGAUCCUCGGAUUUUUGGCACUGUUACUCCUGUUGUUGUCCUUCUUGUUGUUCGCAAUUCCAGAUCCCGUUCGGAAGAGUUUCUUGUCGAUGCCUAGAAUGUCGAUCGAAUGAUAGAUAUUGCCCGUUGAGCAGCUGGUUUGCUGCGUGGGAUUCAUCGUGGCGUUGGCACUGCCAUUAGGAUGAUUGGUGUUAUUCUUGUUGUUAUAUUCAAUGGGAUGAAAUGCACCAAAGAUAUCAGUUGACGAUCUUCUGCGCAUACCAAAGAAGUCUGUGGAAGACUUUCGGCGCAUCAAAUUACUUGUGUUUUGGUUGUUCUUGAGGGGGUAAUCUUUUUCUCCUGAAGAGGUGGAAGCGCCCGAAGCUACCGUGAGUGGAAUUAAAAAGUUUGACGCGCGUUCCUUGACGAGUGAGUAACUGUUCUUUCUUCGGAUUUUGUUCAUUGCGCUCUUGUUCUUGUCAUCGACACUACUUCUAUUGUAGUUGCAAUUCGUUUCCCUAGACUCCGUAUGAUUUCCAUGGCUUGUGCGGCUGUUCUCAUGAAUUACACCAUACGAAUUAUCUCGCUCAUCAUAGGGAGAGAAGAUGCUACAUCGAACUGAAUCGUGCUGUAGAUGUGUGCUGUUGCUGCAUGUGUUGUUAUGAUUUUGGAUGACGUUCAUCAUGGUUGUAUGCAAGUUUUUCUUCGAGACGUCGAAAUGAUUAUGAAGAUAAGAACUUGCGUUUGAUUUUACAAUGUAAAUAUAUUGUGCGAUUGGUGUGAAAAGUUUCGGUGAGGUCUCGGUUUGAUACUCUUAAUUUUGCAGUCCUAUUUUACCCGUCGGAGAGCUGGGCCAAAGCACACACGAUGACUUGAUUUGUGACGAAAAAAGAGAAAAAGUUGCUCACGUUGUUUCUAGUAAUGUAGAGAGUUAAAUAAAUAAAUAAAACAGGGGUUCAACCUGUCUCCCGCACACGCAAGUUUUGAAGAAAAAAAUUGAAUACUGCGAACCUCAAAAAUAGAGGAGGAGCUGAGGAUAUUGAUUCGUGCGUAAAUAGACGGAAGCACAUCAUCGCGGUCGAAAAACGAUUUCGCGGCUCCCCCCCCGAAGCAAAUCGCAGGGAUUCAAUAUAAUUGGGUUCCGUUUGCACAUUGAAGUAUUUAUUUUAUGGAGACUAAGUAGCUGUCAUUAGCGGUCAUUUCACAUUGAACUAUCAUCAAAAUGAAUCUUUUCCCGGUAACAAAAAAUCAUUGUAUAAAUUCUCUCUUCCGAAACUACUUAACAGGCUAUAAAAUUGUGCAAUAAGUCAAAAACUAGUUCCAUCAUAUUGAAAUUACGAACAAACAAAAAAGAGGACAUAAAUCCAGACUAAGAUUUCUUUGGAAGUUACGGAUUACAGUAUCAAUAAAAGUGUACACUGACACAACAUGAACCCCUUUGUCUUCCUUACUUAUGAUUCACCAGCUUGCUUGAAGGGUGAGAAUGCUCAUAAUAAUAUUAUUAUCAAUGCUGGUAGUCUUACUUGUAGCAUAGUUAUUUCUUUUUAUUGCAAUUGCAAUGUUGUUUCUGCGAUCUGACAACACCUCCCGCGAGAAAAACUAAUAAUGUACUUAAGGUAUCGUGAAAAGUCAAUCGAUAUUAUAUUUGAAUAAUAUGCCUUACCAGAACUAAAGGCAUAUGAAGAAUUGAACAAUCAAGUUGUUCUUUCAGAAGAACACUUAAAUAUUGUCAUUUCCAUAAAACUUAAGGAAUGCUAUCUGAUUAUGGUAUCUAUUUCCUCUUCUUGAAUAUCAACCGGCGGGUGCAAACUAACAAGACAGAAAAGUCGGUCUAAUGGACUUGGUACCGUUUCCUCUGAAUUCUAAAUCUUCGGGUGCAGCAUAAUGAGAUUGUUCUUGGUCUUCAGAGAGUUACAUCCAGUGGCAAGCUCCAUAUUUGUGGCAGGUUACAGAAUAGUGCUCGUACCUUGAACUUCAAUACGAGGGCAGCCUAAUCAAUUGAUGAACUGGUACAAACCAGGAAAGAGUAGCGCUAGGGUACAACUAGUGCGUGUGCAAGUAAUAUAUUUUGCCUUUGCUGACGUGUGUUUUUACCAAACGCUUAGCACUAGGAUUGUCUCGUAGCAACUUGAUGAGUUACUGUGCGAAUCAAACUAGUAGUUGUUUUUUCAUCAGGAGGAAGUGCCCUAAUGACAUGACUCCGAUGAUGCACCGCAAACGAGGAGCACAACAAGGUUUUUCUCCCUUGGCGACUUUAGUAAUCGCGAACCACGCACUAAAGGGGACAAGCAGAA